AAUAAAGAUUUUUGUUCCUUGCUGUUCAACAUCGCAUCUUCAUCUUCCUCCACACUCACAAGGCACCAUGAAAAAACUUUCCUUCUCUCUUUCAUCAUCAAAUAACUCAUCCAAACCCUCAAAAUCCACUUCAUAUUCUUCACAGAAUCAACACGAUCAAUCCGCAAAAAAGGAAUUCGUCACAGAGUUCGAUCCAUCCAAAACCCUAGCCGAUUCCACUUCCAAAACCCCAUUAAUAAUCCCCCCAAUUCCCAACGAGUGGAAACCUCAAAACAAAACCGAAAAUACCGAUCCGCCCUUCAAAUCCGACGACCCAAAUCUCGAAUUCGAAGUAGAACCAAACUCUACCGUCGAACCAUUCGACCCCAACAUCAUCAAAGGCCUCAAUCUCCGUUGCAAGAAAGGUUCUGGUUCUGAAUCAUCGUCUUUGAUUGAUCAAUUGAUGUUAAAGAAUUUGAAAAGGGAUCUGGAGAGGUUGCCGGAAGAUAGAGGUUUGGAAGAGUUUGAUGAUGUGUCGAUUGAAGAAUUUGCUCCUGCUUUGUUGAAAGGGUAUGGAUGGUAUGAAGGAAGAGGAAUUGGGAAGAAUGCAAAAGAGGAUGUGAAGGUGGUUCAGUAUACAAAAUGGAAUGCAAAAGAGGGGUUAGGGUUUAUCGAAAGGGUAUGGAUGAAAUAGAGUUGGGAUUUCUAGAGAUCGAUCUACUUUCUCCUGGUCCGUGCUGCGUUUGCUGGUGUUUACACGUCGAGAACUUGGGACUGCCAGCGUGCAAUACUAAAGUUAAUACACACACCAAGUGUUCGACGAAAUGUCAGACUGAUAUUUUCAGAGUUCAGUUCGAGCUGGAGUCCUGGGAUCAAUCAAGUUUCCUGUUCCGAAAUUCAGCUCAAAAAUGCAGGAAAAAAUAUUAUCUGCUAUUCAUAUAACUUCUUUUUGUUAACCAUUGGCAUCUGGUCAUUUUAUACGCACCGACUAAUACCUGGGUCAAUCACGAAUAACAUGAAGUUAUUGCAGGUGAACCUCCAUGGUCAAAUAGGUUUCUCAUACGAAACAAAUAGGCCGAAAAUGGACUCACAUUGCGCUUAGUUCUUAGGUGUUUCCAUGCUAUUUUGAU